AUGGUUCAGACUCCCAGGGGGUGGGGUGCGGUGACCGAGCGCGGAUUCCCGGGCUGGCACCGGGCGCGCUCCUACACCAGGGAGGCCUCAGUAGAGGAGAAAAGAGGAGUGGAGAGGAGAGUGGGCUCCCUAGGAAGGGGUACGGGAGGGGCAGCAGGGGAGCCGCAGCCGGCGGGGCACAGUGCGGCUUUGCGGGCCUGGAGGAAGCUCGUUUAUCUGCGGGAAGACGAGCGCGGCCUGGGCCUAAGCGGGGCGCACACACUCCCAUCUCCCUGCGCCCCGAAUGGCAACACAGAGGUCGGACUUCAGACCCCGGCCGCUCGGGGCUGCUCACCUGUACCCAGGGUGGGCCCACUGUUUCCCACCGCCGGCCGCCGUUCAGCGGACCUGGGCCUCGCCUCCGCCUCCGCCUCCGCCUCCGCCUCGGAGGGCAGCUCCCAGCGCAGCCAGGUGGGUGGCUCACAGCUAAGCCCCUUCGCCGAGCGGGGCAGGCGCGCAGCUAAGAGCCACCGACCCCGAAGCCCGGCGUUUGAACCCAGCAGGAAGGUGGGAAAGUCGGUCGGGUCUUGCCCUCACCGCCCACCGCCCUGCGCGCCGGAAUCCUCUCCAGCCGCCUGGGAAGUGUGCCCGUGGCUCCGAGGGCCGACGCGGGGGACCGCGCUAAUGACGCGCUCUGACAAGUCAGAAUUCGGUCGCCCCCGGAGGCCCACACCUCCUCUCCCGCCUCUUCUGCCUGGAGUGCGCAGAGACCGGGAUUUAUUAAUGAACCGCCUCGGCCUGGUGUAUUCGGUCUGGGAGUUCGGACUGGGAGUUAAUGAGAGGACAGAUAGUUUCUUCAUAGAGGAAGAGCAAACCAUUGGUAGGGAGACGGAUCCAGCGCUCCCUCCACAAACACCUUUUUCUCCCUCCUUCCCUGCAACCGCCAGUCCUUUCUCUGUAGCUCUGCUACGGGAAUCCAGGCGUAUGAAUCCCCGGGGAAUCUGCCUUCGGCUCGCUCCUCCAGGACUGGAGGGUGGGAGGGAAAUCAAAAGGCCGGCUACGAGGCUGGAGAAUCACCUAGGACUGAACUCUUGCUCCCCUCUCGCCGCGCGCUGGCUAGGCCGGCAGCGAGAGUCCCCGCGCGUUCGCGCUGCGCCGCCGCGGCUGCCCCGGGACGCGCGGACCAGGAGCACUACCGCAGCGUCAGAAGCGCCACACGACUGUGGGGUUUUAUCUCAGCGUACUUUGGUGCCGGCUGCGGGCGGAGUGCCGGGGAUCCCACCGAGUGAGAGACACGAUGCCCCAGGAUCGCACCCGGAGGAUCUCCUUUCCCCGGACUCGCGGCACGCCCGGCCGAGGAUCCGAGCACCCCCGCUCCCCUCCUUCCCUGGGCGGCUGCAGCUCCCUCCCGGGGCGGACACUCACCUCCCGCAGAAAGGUCCGCCGGGCGGCGCCGCUCAGACCCGGCCCAGGUGGCGAGGCGCGGAGCUCGGGAAGGUCACUGGGCCCACGCCGGGCAAACUCCUUUCUCCGAGCGGAAUCCCGGGAGCCGCGGACAUGGUCCGGAGGUCGACGAGCAGCACAACAGGAGAGCGGAUCCUCGCCGAGGUCCAGCUCCGUCCACGCGGAGUUUGCAAAACCCGAGGGCGGGUAGAGCCGGCGCUCAGCGCUCGCCCGGAACCCCGCGCCUCCGCCUGCCUGCGGCCGCCGACUCCACCUCAGCUCGGGGCCCGCAGGCUCGCAGGGCCAUCCCCCUCCAGCCGCGAGCGCCCGGAGCUCCGUUCCCGCCCGCGUCCCUCCCCGGGCUGCCCGCCGCGCGGCGUCCGGGGCUUUAGUAGCAGCCCCGCCUCCCCUUCGGGCGGGCGUCCCGCGGCGGCGCGGGGCCCUCGAGCCUGGCUCCGCCUCCGCGCCCGGCGCCCGCUAAUGGUCCACUCUGUUUACUUGUGUUUGGAUAGCAACUGGGUCUUAAAGGAGCAGGUUUGCCCGAGGUUUCCCUGUUGCCGAGAUGAGCCGAAGGUGACUCGGCUCAAAGCUCACUCGCAGCAAAGCCCACCCUCUUUCCUUCGCGGUGCCACUUCUCCUCGUAGUGUAGGGAAGAGUCGACGAGUUCCGGGCUUUGGGGAAGCCGCGUGGCGGGCAGCGCCUACGCAGUCCCCAGGCCCCGCCGCCGCACCAGGCAGGUGCGCGCUCCAGGCCGAGGGCGAGCCCGUGGCUGAGCUUCGCGCCGCGCGCAGGGCUCCCCGAGCCACCUCCGCGCCCACCCCGGUGGGCCCUUGGCUUUCUCCUCGCUCGGCCCCAGCGAGCCCCUUGCUCACGCCAGCAUCCAGAGCGCACGCCGGGUGGGGGCCCGCCCCGGAGCAGCCUCACCCGCCGGCCUCCCCGCGCGCCAAGGCUCGGCUGGGAAGACAGGCCCCCGCCCACGGCGAGUCGUGGGGUCCAGGUGUGCGGAGAGUGAAGUCCUGUCGCCUGCCGCGGCCCGGCUGCUCCCGGGAUCUGAAGCUCUGCGCGGCAGUCCCGCUGCCCUGCGUCCCCGGGAGCUGCGCGGCCGGUUCAGGCUGA